UCCUGGUAGUACAGUGAGUCAGAAGGGGAGAGAGUGGUGCCCAGCAGAACUACAGGGCUGUGAUACUGAGACACAAGUGCAUCUGCUAGCUGUUAGUACUUGGCAGAGGGAUUUCUCCUUUAGGGUAGUUCUAACUUUGGGUAAUAAUGUUUGUCAGCUACCUGAUAUUAACAUUGCUCUACUUUCAAACAGCAGUGUUAGCAAGACCUGAGGGAGAGAGCAUUGGCUGUGAUGACUACCUGGGCUCAGACAAGGUGGCUGACAAAUGCGGAAUAUGCGGAGGGGACAACACUGGUUGCAAGGUGGUCUCUGGCGUUUUCAAACACACGCUAACAAAUCUUGGCUACCACAAAAUAGUAGAAAUUCCUGAAGGGGCUAUUAAAAUCAACAUUACCGAGAUGUCCAAGAGCAACAACUACUUGGCAUUGCGGAGUCGAUCAGGACGGUCCAUCAUCAAUGGAAACUGGGCAAUUGAUCGACCCGGGAGAUAUGAAGGAGGAGGGACUACAUUCACAUAUAAACGCCCAAAUGAAAUCUCAAGCACUGCAGGGGAGUCCUUUUUAGCAGACGGUCCGACAGACGAGAUCCUGGAUGUCUAUAUGAUACAUCAGCAACCUAACCCAGGUAUACAUUACGAGUAUAUCAUUCCAGAAGCCAAUGUCAUUAGCCCUCAGUUGCCUCCGCACAGAAGGCCAGGGGAGCCAUUCAAUGGUCAGUUAGAACUGACAGAUGGUACAGAUCACGAAGAUGAGAAUUUGCAUAGGGAGACAGACACUCACACUGGACAGUCAACAGGGACCUUUCCUGUUAUUCAGCCAGGAAGGUUUCCUUCUCAUCAGCCAGACAACCAGGUGCCUGCUGUGCAGCCACCACGACGAAACCGAGAACACAACUGGAAACAGGUUGGAACAACUGAGUGCACCACUUCGUGUGGGAAAGGGUUGCGAUACCCAAUCUUCCACUGUGUAAACAGAAUAUCUCAUGAGGAGGUGUCUGAGAGCUAUUGUGACACCAGCACCAAGCCCACGCCAGAAGAAGAAGCCUGCAACAUCUUCCCAUGCCCAGCCUUCUGGGAUAUAGGGGAGUGGUCUGAGUGCAGUAAAACAUGUGGCCUUGGUAUGCAGCACCGUCAAGUCCUGUGCCGACAAGUGUAUGCCAAUCGUACUCUGAUGGUUCAGCAAUACCGAUGCCAUCACUUGGAGAAGCCAGAAACAACCAGCACAUGCCAGCUGAAGAUUUGCAGUGAAUGGCAAAUUCAGACAGAGUGGACUUCGUGUUCGGUGCCAUGUGGAGUGGGGCAGAGGACCCGAGAUGUUAAGUGUGUCAGCAAUCUUGGAGACAUUGUUGAUGACGAGGAGUGUAAUAUGAAGCUACGGCCAAAUGACAUUGAAAACUGUGACAUGGGGCCCUGUGCUAAGAGCUGGUUCCUCACGGAGUGGAGUGACAGGUGUUCUGCAGAAUGUGGUGCGGGAGUCCGAACACGGUCAGUAGUUUGUAUGUCCAACCAUGUUAGCAGCUUGCCACUAGAAGGUUGUGGGAAUAACAGACCCUCUGAAACAAUCCCCUGUGACAAUGGACCCUGUGUGGGUAAAGUGGAGUGGUUUGCUGGAAGCUGGAGUCAGUGUUCAAUUGAAUGUGGCAGCGGAACCCAACAGAGAGAAGUCAUUUGUAUUAGAAAAACGGAAGGCAGUUUUGAUGUGUUGAACCCUUAUGAAUGUUCAUUUUUGGAAAGACCUUCCAGCCAGCAGUCCUGCUACCUCAAACCCUGUGGGGCUAAGUGGUUUAAUACAGAGUGGAGCACAUGUUCCAAAUCCUGUGAAGGAGGAUUCCGGGUUCGAGAAGUACGAUGUCUGUCAGAUGAUCUGACACCCAGUAACCAAUGUGAUCCACAGCUUAAACCAGAAGAAAAAGAACCUUGUAACACUCAGGAUUGUAUACCAGAAAUAGAUGAAAAUUGCAAAGACAAAUACUACAACUGCAAUGUGGUGGUGCAGGCCCGUCUCUGUGUCUAUACCUAUUACAAGACAGCCUGUUGUGCAUCCUGCACAAGGGUGGCCAAUAGACAAUCAGGUUUUCUAGGACGCAGAUAACAACUACUCCAUCACCCGUAGCGUCCAUGUUUAACUUCGAUAUGGGAACAUAAACAGUGUUACUGUUUGGACUGCAACAGGUUCUGCCUUCUUAAAGAGAUGGUUUCCAUAUUGCUGAGCACAUCAAGACUAUGGUUAUGUCUCACACAUAACAUGCAGCAUAUAAUAGGAGCUUUUUGGCUUUUUAAAAUGUUCAUUGUAAAACCGUGAUUUUUAAAGCAUUAUUUUUUACUGAUACUAUUGUAUGCAUCUGUUCAUCAAAUAAUUGUUAUUUAAGGAAAAUACCACCCUUCUUGUUAUGAACUGAAUGAAAGGAAAAUCAGUCAAAUGCAUUUAUUGGAGAUGUUUGACCAGUACAGAUACAGCAGCAUGAUCAUUUGCUGAGUAUCAACCCUUCUUUGGUGUUUUGGACUUAAAUUAGUAGAUGGUAUCAGUAGAACAUGUACAUGAGAAGUGUUAUGUCGUAAAAAAACCCAACACCCUUAGGACCCAUUUAAGCUCAAUUUCCUGGCACCCUAAUAUGUGUGUUUUAUUACCUCAACCCUUCAUACUAAAUUAGUGUCAUGAUUAAGCUCUCUUUCACUAACUUCCUGCCUUCAACUAAGCA